GUAGGGUGUAAUAAGCCUGGUUAAGGAAUCUCAUUCAUGGAAAUGAAAUCUUGGUCCCAAAUUUCACUUGAGUCUCAAGGAUAUCAACAAAACACAAGUCGAAAUGAGGUCCCUCCAAUUGCCUCCAGUUCAGUAACUAUUUCACCUGAGUCUCAAGGAUAUCAACAAAACACCAGUCGAAAUGAGGUCCCUCCAGUUGCCUCCAGUUCAAUAUCUAUCUCAUGCCGCAACCAUAAAGAAGCAGCCCUACAAUACAUUGAUCAUGUUUCUAAUCUUAUUGAAUGCUGUCUACAAAAGUAUAUGAAUAGAGAAGAGGUCAAAAAGGUCCUCAUUGACAUGAAGAAAAUAAACCCUUCAAUCACAAAUCUAGUAUGGAAGAAACUGGAAGAAGAAAAUCCUGAUUUCUUCAAGGCCUACUAUGUAAAGUUGACCUUGAUAGCUCAAAUCACACAGUUCAAUCAAUUACUUGAGGGACAAAAUCAACUAAUGAAUCUUGAAGGGGCAAAAUCAACUUAUGAAUACUCCAGAAGCAUCAGAAAUUCCUGCAACAACAUCAAACGUCCUGCGGAAGCAUCAGAAAUUCCUGCAACAACAUCAAACGUUCAUGUACAAAAUAUAGUACAAAAUGGAAUCCAUCCCAUGGCUGGUACACACACGCAGUGGUAGGUUUUGUUUUGUGUGUAGGUGUGUCGAUUGGAUUAUAACCUAGCUUGUACUACUUAGAAGGUUUCCAAAAGACUUCGAACAUCACGCAAGUAACCAUCUAUGUGCGAGUGGCAAGUAAGCAUCCUGUGCCUCUUGCCGAAAUGCGGCAGUACAAAGCCGCCUCGGUAUCAUCAUUUGCAGCUCUAAAUGGGGGAAGCAGAACAGCUGAAGGCGACACCACUUCAGAGGAGUAAGCUUCCUCACCUUCAUCCUCCUCUGAUUGAUUUUCACUAGAAUAAGAUGUUUCUGAUUCUGAAGAGGAAGAAGAGAUGUCGUCGUCCCCCAAAGAAGUCCUUGUACUUUCAAAAUGAGUUAAAUCUCAUGUGCACUUUAGCAAAUACAUACACAGAUGAUUAGAAUUUUCUUUCAGAGUGCAUAAAUAUGCUGAAUCUUUGGCAAGUUUGACAAGAAGUAUUGGUGAUCUUACCUCUAGAAUAACAGCUUAGCUAUUAUUUCAUGUUUAGUUUUUCUCUAGACAUAUCAUUUCAUGUACUACUCAAGUUGUUCAGUUGUUCAG